AUGACAACAAUUGAAAGUGUUCGAUGGCUUAGCUUACAAGCAUGUGCAUUUAAAGGUCAUGAUGAAUCUUCAGCUUCUAAUAAUCGAGGUAAUUUUUUGGAGAUGAUAAGACUUAUGGGGAGACUGAAUGUUGACAUUGAAGAUGUUGUCUUAGAAAAAGCUCCGAAAAAUGCAAAGUAUACCUCACCAACUAUUCAAAAAGAGAUUUUGUAUAUUCUUGCGAAAAAAGUGAGGAAAAAGAUUUGUGAAGAAGUUAGAGAUGCAAAGUUUUGUAUUUUAGUUGACGAAGCCAAAGAUGCAUCAAAUAAAGAACAAAUGGCUAUUGUUUUGAGAUUUGUUGACAUUCAGGGUUUUGUACGAGAGCGUUUUUUUAGUAUUGUGCAUGUUUCAGAUACUACUUCUUCAACACUUAAAAAAGAAAUUUGUUAUGUGCUCGCUCGAUAUAACUUGCAUAUUUUGAAUAUGCGAGGUCAAGGGUAUGAUGGUGCUAGCAAUAUGCGUGGCGCAUGGAAUGGACUACAAGCUCUAUUUCUCAGAGAUUGUCCUUAUGCAUAUCAUGUACAUUGUUUUGCUCACCGACUACAACUAGCAUUAGUUGCAGCAGCUGGAAAUGAGAUUUCUAUUUGCUUAAUAGAUAUGUAUGUUGCAACUAUUACUGUGCUUGAAAGUAUGGUUCAAGAAGGAUCUUCUAAUUCUAUACGUGGAGAAGCUGGAAUUACUGAUUUACUUUGUCGAGCUUUGCAACAAAAAUCUCUUGACAUCUUAAAUGCAAUGGAUCUUGUAUUAACUACUAAAGCAUUGCUUCAAACUUUGAGAGAUGCCGGAUUUGAUCUUCUCCUAGCAAAUGUGCAAUUUGUUUGCACAAAAUAUGAGAUUGACAUACCACAUAUGAAUGCUUCGUAUAAAAAGGCUACAGGUCGUUCAUGUCAACAACAAGGUUCAGUGACAGUUUACCAGCAUUAUCAUUAUGAUAUAUUUAACUCAAUAAUAGAUUUUCAGUUGGAAGAAUUAAAUUCUAGAUUCAGUGAUGAGACAGUGGAACUCCUUGUACUUAACUCUGCUUUAGAACCUAAAGACAACUUUAAAUCAUUUAAAGUUGAUGCUAUUUACAAGCUUGCUGAGAAAUUUUAUCCUGAAGAUUUCAAAGAAUAA